UGUUCAUGAGGAGAAAGCGGAAGAUGACACUGACGCGGAAGAGUCGUCAGCGGUCCUCGGAAACAGCAGCGGAGUGAGACCUCGUCCUCCUCCUCCCAUCUCUGGUCUCCGCUUUAGGAAACGUGGCCUUACGGAGAGUCCGUCCGGUAGCUUCGCGGUGGUGGAUGAAUGACAAACAAACACACGCUGUUACCCUCCACCUUUAUCCGCCACCUCAGUCUCCACCGUCGGCCCCAUCUCUGCCCCUGAAGCCCCCGCUCUGUCUGAAGAACCAUGUCUGAGGCUGAACCAGUCCCGGUCCCGGCCCCGGAGGCCGCCUCCGCCGUCCUGGAUGCCCUGAACGCCACGGACUCCAACGGGACCGAGGAGGUGCUCAACGCCACGGCUAAGUUCGUGGCCACCCCGGAGGGCACGGCGCUGGCGUACGGCAGCCUGGUGUUCAUGGCUCUCCUGCCCAUCUUCUUCGGAGCCCUGAGGUCUGUGUCCUGCUCCAAAUCCAAGGAGCUCGGAGAAAAUGAUUACGACUCUGGGUUCAGAAAUGCAGCAGACAUGCCGGAGACCAUCACCAGCCGGGACGCCGCCCGGUUCCCCAUCAUCGCCAGCUGCACCCUGUUUGGGCUCUACCUCUUCUUCAAGGUGUUUUCUCAAGAGUACAUCAACCUGCUGCUGUCCGUCUACUUCUUCGUGUUGGGCGUCCUGGCUCUGUCUCACACUAUGAGUCCCCUGAUGUCCAGGAUCUUUCCAGCCUCGUUCCCAAACAAACAGUAUCAGCUGCUCUUCACUCAGGGCACCGGGGAGUCCAAAGAAGAAAUAGUGAACUAUGAGUUUGACACUAAGAACCUGGUGUGUCUGGUCAUCAGCAGCGUGGUGGGGGUCUGGUACGUGCUCAAAAAGCACUGGAUCGCCAACAACCUGUUCGGCCUGGCCUUCGCUCUCAACGGGGUGGAGCUGCUCCACCUCAACAACGUCAGCACCGGCUGCAUCCUGCUGGGGGGGCUGUUCGUCUACGACGUCUUCUGGGUGUUUGGGACCAACGUCAUGGUAACAGUCGCUAAGUCGUUUGAAGCACCAAUAAAAUUGGUGUUUCCUCAGGACCUGUUGGAGAAAGGUCUUGGAGCCAGUAACUUUGCUAUGCUGGGUCUGGGGGACAUCGUCAUCCCUGGUAUCUUCAUCGCUCUGCUGCUACGCUUCGACGUCAGCUUGAAGAAGAACAGCAGGACGUACUUCUACUCCAGUUUCCUGGCUUACAUCUUUGGACUGGGCCUCACCAUCUUCGUCAUGCACACCUUCAAACACGCACAGCCCGCCCUCCUCUACCUGGUUCCGGCCUGCGUCGGGUUCCCCGUCAUCGUAGCACUUUUCAAAGGAGAGCUCACUGAGAUGUUCAGGUACGAGGAAUCUUCCCCAGAGGACGAGGCAUCUAAAGAGGACUCAGAGUCAGAGAAGAAGGAUCAAUAGCCCCGCCCCCAUUCCCCCCCGACCCCGCCCUCCCACCACAUUUCACUGAAGCCCCUCCCUCCCACCCCCACAUUGUCCUUCCCCUUCGUCGCCGGCGGGAAUCCGAGGUUCAUGUUGCCAACGUGUUUUGUCUCCGGUAACCGUGGGAACGCCCGCCGGUCUCCAUGGCUACCGGCUGCUUGGGUGUCGAUGAUCACAGGUGGUUUCAGACUCGGUGCCUCAGAUAGUCCAGGAAACUCGUUUCAGGGAGCGCUUGGUUUAAAGGUCACAGUAAAACAAGCGCUCCUCCUCCCCCCUUUUUCAUUUUAGUGUUUUUCAUGUUGUUUUUUUUUUUUUGUUAUUUUCUUUUCUCGCUUUAUGUCUCAAAUAAAGAGCCACAGUCCGUUAAAGUCAAACCUCCUCAAACCUGUAGGUCACCCAGACGUGGUUCUUUGCUUCCUGCUUUAUUUCUGCUCCUUCAGUUUUUAUUUGACUUGCUUUUAGUUUCACUUUAUCUUGGACAGGAUUUUAGGGCGAAGAACCCAGAUAGAUGUUUACAUUUACUUAGAUGUAAACUGUGCUCACAGGAAAUAAAUCUCAUGUCUGAUGAUUUUUAGUUUUCCCGUUUGGUUUGUCUGAGGCGGAGUCAGUGUGGAGUUAAACCAGAUCAGGAUUCAUCAGGUGAAGCUCAGCAGUGUUUCUGUGUCUGUGUCUCAGCUCCAGGUAAAAAUUUUUAUUUUCAGAGGCUCACGAACACUUCAUCCAUACGUUUGGCAACAAGAAUCUAAAAUUGAUUAAAAGUGUAAAUGAUUUAACUUUAAGCCGAUCGAUUUCUAGGAAAAACGGUUUCCUGGAUGUUUGCAUGAAAUUCAGAGAGUUGAGGAUAUGAUGAAUAGAAGGAACUCUGGACCAAAUGUUCCCUCUCACUCUUUAACGAGACAGGUCAACAACAUUUACCUGCACUCACUCGGUUUCAUUCUUAAAGUUGUGGCCUGUGAGGAGACGAGGGAGGAGUCCUGUCAUUCUUACACCUCAUUGGCUGCAUCGUCCAAUAAGCUGCAAGAAUGACUGUUUUUACUAAAGCGUCCUCAAGUGAAACCAAUGAACUGCUUGGUUUUUCUAAAGUGAACAUUCGCUGCUGACCUGAAAAACCUGAAGAGUUUUACUGACAGAAUAUUAAACCUUCCUUCUUUUCUUUUUAUGAAGCUAUGAAUGUGUUGGAAAUGACCAACAAAUUAGAAAAGUGGCCAAAGUUGUAGCUCAGAGUGAAGUGAAGUCACUAACUCGUGAGAUUAAAUCACCUCAAACCUGAAGCAGCAGAAACAUAUUUCCUGAUGUAAUUUUCAAUUUUUAAAAGCUUCUCCUAGAGACUGGAUCUCCCACAAUGUAACUUGAUAUAAAACGCUCUCAGUUGGACUAAUAAUGGUUGGAAAAAUUAUAAAACUGUUAAAAUACAGUUUAAUAAAGGGAUUUUAAGACGAGGCUUUACAGAAAAGUGUAAAAAUAAUAAAAUAUCUGAAGAAAACAUUGUGUUCACAGAAUAAAAGUGAACUACAGGUGUUCAUGUUUGUGGAAGCUGGAGGAAAAACUGGACCCGUUGAGCCUCACAUGAAUAUUCUCGAUGUUAUUGAUGUGGAUGCUUUAUUAAAAAAAAUGCACAGUUUUGUAUUUUGAUGUAAAAACAAAAAGAAUAAAAAGAAACAUGUUCAUGUUGAGCUCAGUGAUGUUCAGUAGCCCCGCGUCAUUUUAACUAUAAUGUACCUGAAAUGUUUAUUUUUGUUUUUCUUUCUUUUUCCUCUGGUUGUAUUUGUGGAGGCGGUCGUUUCACGGCCCAAACUGUAUCUAUUUUAUUUGCAAUAAAGUUUUUGGUGUUUUGAUCACCGUAUAGAGAAGCAUAA